AUGGCUUCUACAGAGCACCAUCCUGUGGCCAGCGAAGAGUUUGAGUAUGAGGCACUCCCGGAUAACUACACUCUCAGCCACAACAUGCUGGCAGGCGCCUUUGCCGGCAUUGCAGAACACUCGGUCAUGUAUCCGGUAGACUUGUUGAAGACCCGAAUGCAAGUCCUGAACCCUGGUGCCGGUGGCCUUUACACCGGCCUCACCCACGCCGUAUCAACCAUCUCACGCAUCGAAGGCUGGAGGACGCUGUGGAAGGGUGUUUCUAGUGUCAUUGUGGGAGCUGGACCCGCCCACGCCGUAUACUUUGGUACAUAUGAGGUCGUGAAGGAUCUUGCUGGUGGAAAUGUCGGCUCUGGCCACCAUCCACUCGCCGCAGCUCUGAGUGGUGCUGCUGCCACAAUUACAAGUGAUGCGCUCAUGAACCCUUUCGAUGUUAUCAAGCAACGCAUGCAAGUCCACGGAUCAACCCACAGAACCCUCGUACAAUGCGCCAAAACGGUCUAUAGAACCGAAGGCCUCCGUGCCUUCUAUGUCUCCUACCCGACAACCCUGUGUAUGACAAUUCCAUUCACCGCUGCCCAAUUUAUGGCCUACGAAUCGACGUCUAAAAUCAUGAACCCAACGAAACGAUACGACCCCUUCACGCAUUGUAUCGCUGGUGGUUUGGCGGGUGCGGUUGCCGCAGCCGUCACCACGCCGCUGGAUGUCAUCAAGACUGUCCUGCAGACAAGGGGUACAGCCCAGGACCCCGAAGCUAGAACCGCAAAGGGUCUGUUUAAUGCUGCAAAACUCAUUAAGAAUCAGUAUGGUUGGGCCGGGUUCCUCCGUGGAAUGCGCCCAAGAAUAAUCGCGACAAUGCCGAGUACGGCUAUUUGCUGGACUUCUUACGAAAUGGCCAAAGCAUACUUUAAACGGAUAACGAGUGAAGAAUCGACUUGA